UCGCCUCGUGGAUCAGGAAGAUGAUGGGCUUUCUGCGCCGGACGUUCAGCCGCCGCUCUCGGAGCCGCUUCCAGGCGAGAGACAGGGACGAGCGGGACGGUAAAGGGGGAGGAGGGGGAGGAGGAGGAGGGGUGACCGGGAACCCCCUGCUCCUGGCCCAUCAGCAGCAGGUCGUACACGCGCCCGCCGUGGUCGCCGGGGGGGCGUCGGUUCACAUCCCUGCGGCCGGGACGGCGAGGACCACCAUCACCUGUCGCGUCCUGCUGCUGGACGGCUCGGAUGUCAAUGUGGAUUUGCCUAGCAAAUCCAAAGGCCAGGACCUUUUUGACCAGAUCAUGUAUCACAUAGAUCUGGUUGAGACAGACUACUUUGGACUGCAGUUCAUGGACACAGACCAAGUCUCACACUGGCUGGAUAUGUCCAAGCUUAUAAAGAAGCAGAUCCGAGACGGGCCUCCUUACAGACUCUUCUUCAGAGUGAAAUUUUACUCAUCGGAGCCAAACAACCUGCGUGAGGAAUUUACAAGGUAUCUGUUUGUGUUGCAGCUGCGGCAGGACAUUCUGUCCGGCAAACUGAAGUGUCCGUAUGAUGUCUCAGUAGAGCUUGCUGCCUAUUGUUUACAAAGUGAGCUGGGAGACUGUGAUCCCUUGGAUCACUCUCCUGAGCUGGUGUCUGAGUUUCGUUUCACUCCCAAACAGAGCGAGGCCAUGGAGGCGGACAUCUUCAGCCAGUGGCUGGAGCUCAGGGGAAAGAGCCCGUCUCAAGCAGAGAUUUCUUUUCUCAACAAAUGCAAGUGGCUGGAACUUUACGGAGUAGAUAUGCACUUUGUCAAGGGCAGAGAUGGAGGAGAAUAUGCACUAGGUCUCACUCCUACUGGUAUCUUAGUAUUUGAGGGCUCCAACAAAAUCGGCCUCUUCUUUUGGCCCAAAAUCACUCGCCUGGACUUUAAAAAGAGUCGACUCACGUUGGUUGUGGUGGAGGACGAUGAUCAGGGGCGGGAGCAGGAGCAUACGUUUGUGUUCCAGCUGGCCAGCGCCAAGAGCUGCAAACACCUGUGGAAGUGUGCUGUGGAGAGCCAUGCCUUCUUCCGACUAAGACAACCAGCCACAGGCAAAGCCAGCCGCAGCGACUUCACACGACUCGGGUCCCGCUUCAGAUUCAGUGGUAAGACAGAAUAUCAGGCCACUCACGGAGGCAGACUGAGGAGAGCCAGCACGUUCGAGAGAAGGCCGAGCAAGCGAUACCCCUCCCGCACACAUUCGCUGGGCAAAGUUGCCAUUUCUCCAGCCAAGCCCCCACAUAUCAGCUCUCACGCCAGCCCUGAUCCCAGCCUGCAUCCAUACCAGCGCAACAUUCCUAUUGGCCACGAGCCGUGGCACACGCCCCACCCCGCUCUCACACCUCCAGUUUACCUGCAGCCCUCCGGACACACGCCACCACACAGUUUCCCUCUGAGUGGUCCCGCCUCAGACCAUCAGUUCAGCAUUGAGGAGAAUGAGACUUCGUAUUCUGGCAAGAUCCACCACCAUCACCGACGCCACACACACAGCCACGACACGCUCUGUCACACACACACCAAGAACAAACGACGAGCUCCUCCCUGCCCAGCGGAUGAGUUGGACAUCUCUCAGUCUCUGCUCAAGGCUCUGGAGUCAGACAGCGAUUCUCCUCCCUGGCCCUCAUUGCACAUCAACAUGGACAACAAGGGAGAGGAGAAGCAGCUGUCUGAAAAGUCUUUGCACCCUCCUGCCUCCCCGGUGAUCAUCCCUGACCACCUUAAAUGUAACAUCCUCAAAGCCCAGAUGGAGGCAGCUUUCAGGAAGGAGGCUCCAACAACACCCAGAGGAAAGAACUCAAAUGAGACCCUCAAUGACAGGUACCAGAGCUCAUCCCAAGACUCAGCUGCAUCCAGUCUGACUGCAGACAAGACGCCCCACCGGCAAGACCGCAACCCAACGCCAGAGAGGCUGCAACCCAAAGCUAACCCAAGCAGCAACCGCAGGAAACGACUGGUCAGACAGUUCAGCUUUAACCAUGAAGAUGAAGAUAAUCUGCCAGAGGCACUUGCAGCCAUCUCCUCCCAGAGUACAGGAAAGUCAGGCUCUAGCAGCUCAUUGGACAAACAGAUACAGCCCUCCAUAUACCCACAGGUGGAUAAUAUGCCAGCACUGGAGCUGGGUAGUCCAUGCUGUCCCUCUCCUUCACCUUCCCCCCACUUGUCCCCUUCUUACUACCGUAGCUCCAUUCCUCACCUGGCCCCUUACCUUUCUGCCCAUAAUGACAGCGGAGAGGAAACAAGGUUGGACAGAGAGAAGAUACUAAGAGCCCUCCUGAUGACGGAGCUCUGAGACCUUGACCCUUGACCCCCGUGACAGACAAAAACAGGUGUUAACUGGAAGUGUAAAAAGAAGUCCCAAAGUCGUUGGCUGCAAUCAACAUUUGUAUAUUUGCAUAAAACGUUCAGCAGUUAUAAAUAUAUAUUUGCAUAAAGCCAAUUGUUAUAUUUGCUUAAAUGUUAUUUUAGAAGAACGGUUCUUUAUAUUCAUCAAACUGAAACUGUAUAAACUAUAAGUGAGAUAGAAUGAAAUGGACUCACUAGUUAACUGACUUACUCACACACACAAUACAGACAAGCUACAGAUAUGACUGGUGCUGCCUGCAUGAUACCUAUAUCACAAGAUGAAAUGUUUGUCUGAUUUGCAUUGGGGUUAUGUUUAGGUUUUUCCGUGAUUUCAUCAUCACUGUGUCCACGUUGAUGCCUAAACUGUGUUUCAGACAGCGACUGUUGAAGCAUUGAGCUAAACACUUUAAAAAAGCACUGCUGAAGUGGAAAGUCACUUCACUUUCUAAUCAGUUUCUUCAAAAUGUAAAUAGACAUUGUAAUAAAUAUGCUGAUACUGUAACAGAGCAGGCACUGUAAAUGCUUACUUCCUUAUUGUAUUUAUUCUUAUUCUUCAGACAUCCACUUUGACAUGCCAAAACAUGCGCAGCAUUUGAGGUUGAAGAAACUUCCUGAACAGAGUGAAAAUGAAUUGUGACGAGGUGUUGAGACUGGAUUGUACUGCGACUGUGAAGCUGCAGUCUCAAUCUGUCCACUAGAGGGAGACAAAUGUGCAGACACUGCUCCUGUAGCGCCAGUGUGACAGGUUGUCAUGACGAACAGAUCAUGGAUCACUUUGCUUAAUUUUUUUUUUUACAUGCAGUUUGUGUUUUCAUCACAGGUCAAGUGAAAAACUGUUCUCAGAUGUCAAGUUCCUGGAAAUUUGGUAUCAGUAAGCAUGACCCUGCUGCUCGGCUUUCUUUUGUCACAACCACAUCUGAGGCAGCAUAUGAUCUGCUGCUGUACUGUAUGUGUUGAGUUGUUCCUGCCCUCAGUUGGAUCUUAA